UUUUCCCAACUUAAAAAACCCAUAAACUGACUCAUGAUUUCUUCAUGUUUUGGGUUGAGCAUAUUGCUGGUUUCAUCAACAGCUACUGCUAAACCAGCUGGAUUUUCUUUCGCCACUGCCGCGUAUUCAAACGUGUCGGGAAUUAAUGGCGCGCUGGCGCCUCUCGCUUAUCUCCCCUUCAUCUUGCUUCUCUUUCACGCCCCCCCUCAACCCCUGGAUUAUUUCCUUCUAUGUCUCUCCCCACUUCUUUAUGUGCCUUCCCCAGUGCCUUCACCGCGGCCCUUGGGCUUGUUGGUUCACACCGCGCGGAAAUCAAGCGGGGCGAAACCUCGCCGCCUGCUGCCUGCCGCUCUCUCUGCCUUCCUUCCCCUCCAGAUCCGGACUCUCCCGGCGUUGGUUUCCUUGCCUAAGGCACGGCUCCCCCUUGCUGCCAGCUUCCUGUGUUGCAGGUGAGGCGCGGCUCGAAUCCAGGCUCUCGCUUCCGCCCAGGUAAGAGCGAGUGGAAGAUCCGAAAGAGGCAGCCGCGGCAGAGCUCUCCUCCCCCCGCAGAGACCAGAUUAUUUUGACUACUGCAGCACAGAUAAGCCAAGAUGCCAGAAAAUCCUGUUGCAGAUAAGCAGCAGGUGCUGCGGAUUUUGGAGCGUCUGCUAUUGAAGCUACAUGAGAGAGGAGACACUUCACAGAUCGAUAAUCUGGCUUUCCUGUACAAUACACUCAAGAAUCCCUUGUUUAAUCAUAUGCUGACUCUUCAGCAGUCAAUCAAGCAACUGAAAGAACAACUCGCUUACAUGCCUCCAAAUCGUUCAGUGGAUUUUGAUUUUACCAGGAGAGGUUUGCUGGUGUUUGACGCUGAUCAAAAUUCUCUUGCUAAUGGAAACCUUUAUAUGACUUGCAACCAAAACAAUCAGAUGACUCCUCUAGUUCCAAAGCCUGGAGUUGAUGAGUUUAAUUUGGCAAUCCAGAGGAUGGCAAAGGGCAGGCAAAUAGAAAAUAUUGCAAUAGAGAAGCCAUUUAAUGGAGGCCUUGGUUUUAGUGUGGUUGCUCUUAAAAACCAAAGUCUUGGAGAACCCGGUAUCUUUGUCAAGGAAGUUCAGCCAGGAAGCAUAGCAGCCAGGGAUCAAAGAUUAAAGGAGAAUGACCAAAUACUGGCCAUUAAUCACACCCUGUUGGAUCAGAACAUUUCCCAUCAACAGGCCAUUAUAUUGCUCCAGCAAGCCACAGGUUCCUUACAUUUGAUUGUGGCUAGGGAGCCAACCCAGAGAAGCAGUCGGACCUCAACCUCCUUAAGUGAUGUUAAUUCACUUGAAAUGAUCAAUUGGGGCCAUGUUGAGGAAGUAGAGCUGGUUAACGAUGGCUCAGGAUUGGGUUUCGGAAUUGUAGGAGGAAAGUCAAGUGGCGUAGUGGUGAGGACUGUUGUUCCUGGAGGUCUGGCAGAUAAGGAUGGCAGGCUCAGAACUGGUGAUCACAUCUUGGAAAUUGGUGGGACAAACGUGCAAGGAAUGAGUAGCGAACAAGUGGCUCAAGUGUUGCGAAACUGUGGGAACCGUGUCAAGAUGGUUGUUGCAAGAGACCCCACGUGUGAAGUAACAGUGACACCGCCAACCCCUGUAGCCCAGCCUGUUGGUAUGCUGUCUCCUUUUCACGACAGGCGAUUUGGAACGGAAAAUGAAAUUCAUGAAGUUCAGUUGACUAAGAAGGAUGGACAGAGUCUUGGUAUAACAAUUGUGGGCUAUUCAGGAGUUUCUGAUACAGCAGACUCUUCAGGGAUUUUUGUAAAAAACAUAAUACCUGACAGUGCUGCGGAACACAGCGGUCAAAUAAAAGUCCAUGACAGAAUUAUUGCUGUUGAUGGGAUCAACAUUCAGAAUUAUACCAACCAAGAGGUGGUGGAGGCAUUGCGAAAUACAGGCCCGAUUGUACACUUGGCGUUGCUUCGAAAGAAACCGUUGUUUCCUGCUUUCUCUUCAGAAAAAGGCUUAGGCAGAGUUGCAGAGCAGCCAAAUAUGCCAACCUUAUCCUUGGCUGGUGUCGUGGAGACUGAGACUACCAUAGAUAGUGAUAACGAGGAACUUCUAAAGCCAAAAGACAACUCUGAAAACGAAAGGAAGCAAAAACGACAUGCAGUUGGGAAAGCUCCAGAAUUGCCAGAAAACAAAUUAAAAUCCAAGUGGGAAAAACUCCUGGGACCUGACUUUGAAGUUACGGUUUCAACUGUGGACAUGCCAAUCACAGAUGAUGCUGAGCUACAGAAAUAUUCAAAGCUCCUACCUAUUCACACAAUGAGACUGGGGGUGGAACUGGAUACAUUUGAAGGACAUCAUUAUAUAUCUUCAAUAGCUUCUGAUGGUCCGUUUGCCAAACUCAGUUUAUUGCAGUUGGAGGAUGAACUACUAGAGGUAAAUGGUGUUCAGCUCUAUGGAAAAUCCCGCCGUGAGGCAGUUUCUUUUCUUAAGGAAGUGCCUCCUCCAUUUACCCUGGUUAGUUGCCGGCGCCUGUUUGAUGAUGGGACAGAAUCCUUUGUGGACGAGCCCACAGCCAUUAUUGCUUGCUCUCCAGAACCAAAGGUGAAACCAAGGGAGGAAGAAGAAGAGGAAGAGGUGGAGCUAGAACUUUGGUCUUCCGAAGUCAAUGUCAUUGAACUUGUAAAAGACACUAAGAUGGGCUUAGGAUUCAGCAUUUUGGACUACCAGGACCCCUUAGAUCCAACCAAGGCAGCAUUUGUGGUCAGUUCACUGGUGCCAAAUGGAGUGGCUGAGCGUGGUGGCGAACUCUUCCCUGGUGACCGUCUGGUCUUUGUCAAUGACAUGUGUUUGCACAAUACUACUCUGGCAGAAGCUGUAGAGGUGUUGAAAUCUGUGCCACCAGGAAAAGUUCACCUUGGGAUCUGUAAACCUUUGAUGGGAGGAAAUAAUCAGCAGGGGACCUCUUCUACUGUGGAUCCCAAGGGUAUUGCCAAAAGUUUUGUAUUUCAAGAACCAAUCAAUGAUGUGAACUCAAUAUGCCUUGAAGUUCCAAAGGACUUCAGAGCUGAAUCUUUCUCUAGAGAGGAACUUGUGGAUGAACCGAUCCUGCAUUUGGGGAGGCAGUUUCAGCUUGCACAGAAUGAGGUGGAUGCUGAUAAGGAGUCAUGGGAAAUGCAUGAGUUUUUGAAGCCUUCAGAGGCUCAUCUUGGUGAAGAACGGGAGAUGCUGGUGGAUGAUGAGUAUGAUGUGGAUCAGGAUUAUUUUGGCUAUAUGCCACCAGGUGUAAAAGAGCCGGCUCCAUCUAGUGAGAUCCACACUGAAACUGGAAGGCAUUGGGCAAAGGAACUAGAACCUCCUACCAUGGAAGAACUAAGUUCUGACAUGGGCCUUGGUGCUGCUAAAGAGGCUAAAGAAAAUGGAAUUAACAGUUCAGGUUUCCCUGGAGCAUCAGAGUACAGCCAACCAAAUACUAUCUUGGAUGGCCAUGGAAUGAGUACCAAGAUGCAAAAUGACACGAAAGCUCCUCUAUGUGUUGAUGAUGAUCUCGAGAGAAAUAACCUGAAGACUGAAAAUUGUGACCAUUCUAGUACCCUGGAUUCUGCCUCUCUUCGACUAGGGCUGCCAAGUGAAUUGCCUGAGAGAGAAGAAGGAGAAGGAGAAGAAACUCCAGUUUUCAGUCACUGGGGAACACCGCAAACUGUUGAAAUUUUUCGAGAACCCCAUGUGCCACUUGGCAUCAGUAUUGUUGGCGGACAUACAGUUAUAAAACGCUUAAAGAAUGGAGAAGAGCUUAAAGGUAUAUUUAUCAAGCAAGUCUUGGAAGACAGCCCAGCAGGCCGAACAAAAGCUCUCAAAACUGGGGAUAAAAUACUUGAGGUGUCCGGAACAGACCUGCAGAAUGCAACUCAUGAAGAAGCUGUGGAAGCCAUAAAAAAUGCAGGCAACCCCAUAGUGUUUGUUGUUCAGAGUUUGUCUACUCUUCCAAGAAUAGUUUCCAUUGUGAACCCCAAGAAAAAUAAGGACCACAAAGUUCAAGACCCAGAGGGAGACUGUGGAAAGAAGAAAAGUGAAACUCCACCGCCCAUGAAAUUGCCACCUCCUUACAAAGAAAAGUCCCGCUCUGAAGAGACAGAGGAAGAGGAGGAGGAGGAAGAAGAUGACACUUACACAGAUGAAAAAAUCAGGCAAAGAUAUGCAGAUCUGCCUGGGGAAUUGCACAUUAUUGAACUUGAAAAGGACAAGAAUGGACUUGGACUCAGCCUGGCUGGCAAUAAGGACAGGUCUCGCAUGAGCAUCUUUGUCGUGGGCAUCAGUACAGAUGGCCCUGCAGGGAAAGAUGGAAGAUUACAUACUGGAGAUGAACUUUUAGAGAUAAAUAACCAGAUCUUGUAUGGAAGAAGUCACCAGAAUGCUUCUGCAAUCAUUAAGACGGCACCGUCAAAGGUCAAGCUGGUAUUUAUACGCAAUGAUGAUGCAUUUAACCAGAUGGCUGUUGCUCCUUUCCCAUUACCCUCCAGCUCCCAGUCUUCCAUUGAGGACCACAGUACCACCGAAUCUGCAAGUGGUGAAGAAGAUACCAGUUGGGAAUUUCUUACAAAAAGCUCAACGGAUGAUGUGUACACUAAACUAGAUGUCGGUGCCAAGCUUGACAAGCAGGUGAUAGAGAACCAGCAAAUAACGGCAGAGCAACCUACAGAAAAUUUUCGUAACCAAUUAAAGCAAUCAAAGUCUUCAACAGUAAUCCCUAUCAGUUUACACAAGAUAUCUUUGGCUCCGGCACCUUCUUAUUCUUCAGAGACAGAGUUCACCAGCAGAAGUGGCUUUCCGCUUCCUCUGGUGGAUCCAGCGACAUGCCCAAUAGUUCCUGGACAAGAAAUGACUAUAGAAAUCUCCAAGGGGCGAUCAGGCCUUGGUCUCAGUAUUGUAGGAGGAAAGGAUACACCACUUGAUGCUAUUGUGAUACAUGAAGUAUAUGAAGAAGGAGCAGCAGCUAGAGAUGGCCGACUUUGGGCUGGUGAUCAAAUCCUUGAGGUUAAUGGCAUAGACUUGAGGAAUGCCAGCCAUGAAGAUGCUAUAACAGCCUUGAGACAGACGCCUCAGAAAGUACAACUGGUUGUGUAUAGAGAUGAAGCUCAUUAUAAAGAUGAAGAGAAUUUGGAAAUUUUCCAUGUGGACUUACAAAGGAAAAUGGGCAGAGGCUUAGGGCUAAGCAUUGUUGGGAAACGAAAUGGAAGUGGAGUAUUUAUCUCUGACGUCGUAAAAGGAGGAGCCGCUGACCUUGAUGGGAGGCUAAUUCAAGGGGAUCAGAUCUUGUCUGUCAAUGGGGAGGAUGUAAGGCAUGCUUCACAAGAGGUGGUUGCUACAAUUCUUAAGUGUGCCCAAGGGCUUGUACAACUAGAGAUUGGACGACUGAAAGCUGGAUCUUGGCUGUCAUCACGGAAGACAUCUCAAAACAGUCAGAUAAGCCAACACAGUGUUCAUAGCCACUUUCACCCUACAUUUGCUCCAGUUAUCUCCACUUUACAGAAUUUUGUCAGCACUAAGAGGUCGUCUGCUGAUUCCUCUCACAGAAACUCGGUUGGGACAGAUAUGAGCCCGAGGACUGUGGAAAUAACAAGAGGUCCAAAUGAUGCUCUUGGUAUCAGUAUAGCUGGGGGCAAAGGAAGCCCAUUGGGAGACAUUCCAAUCUUCAUCGCCAUGAUUCAAGCCAGUGGAGUAGCAGCACGUACACAUAAACUAAAAGUUGGCGAUCGGAUUGUCAGUAUUAAUGGGCAGCCUUUGGAUGGGCUGUCUCACGCUGAUGUAGUUAAUCUACUGAAGAGUGCUUUCGGGAGCAUUAUCCUGCAGGUUGUAGCUGACACCAACAUCAGUGCCAUCGCCAGCCAGCUAGAGAGCAUGACUGCUAGCACUAAUUUUAGCCCACCUACAGAAAACCAUCCUGAAGACCCAGAAUCACCUCAGCCUAAGAUUAUUGUGUUGGAGAAAGGCUCAGAUGGAUUGGGAUUUAGUAUUGUAGGGGGCUAUGGAAGUCCCCAUGGAGACCUCCCUAUUUAUGUCAAGACCAUUUUUGCAAAGGGAGCAGCUGCAGAUGACAGCAGACUGAAGCGUGGCGAUCAGAUUUUAGCAGUUAAUGGAGAGACUCUGGAAGGCGUGACUCAUGAGCAAGCUGUAGCAAUUCUGAAGCGCCAAAAAGGGACUGUAACACUAACAGUGUUGUCAUGAGAUUUUGCUGCAAAUUCAAUCUGGGCUGGAUGCAAUUUAUUUCUGAGCAUUGCUAGAGCUGCUAUAAAACAAUCCUGUGUGGGAUGAAAACCCAACUCUGUCUAAAUUUAGCACACCAUUAAUCAUGUUGCCUGUGCUGUUUACAUCCAUUGUAGAUGUUCGUUUUGCCUAGUCAUUGAAACUAAUUGUGAAAUCCUUAAGCCCACCCAACCCCAUUCAUCCCUGGUUUCCUUUGAAUGUGCUUCCUGGCUCCUGCUUUGCCCAGAACUGUCAUCAACCAAUAGGAAGUAAAGUCACUGAAACAAAAAUUAGCUUAUACACAAGAAAGAAAUUAGCUUAUCGUUGGAUCCCAUCUCAUGCACAGAGAUAACUACAGAGUGGCUUUUCAUCUCAUUCAUGGUUUACUUAUGUUCAUUCUUUUUUUUUUCAGCCAUUCCAGAAAACAUUAAAAAUGUAAUUCAAUUACUGCUGUUCUAAAUGAUGAAAUAUCAGAUUCUCCCAUGGGAAAUUAAUUGUAAACUGUGUUCUAAUCAUGAAAUGUCAACCCUCCCUGUCUAAUCUCUCUGGAUAGAUAUUUGUAAGUUAGUGGCAAUCAUGACAAGUCAAUUUCAGCCUCUCCUUAGUUUGUGUGUGCCAUUGUUUUAAAGGCUGGCUCCCAGAAAUUCUUGAGAUGGAUAGGCAUGAGCCUUUUGAAGGGGCUGUCUCAUGGGAGCUGGUUCAGUGAUAGGGAUGGUUUGUACAGUAUAAAGCUUAAUUGCACAGAGGCAGAAGGAAGCACCUUAACUUCAAAUAGGGCUACGCAUUAUUUAUAAUGACAAUAUAGCAAAAGAAACCUGGUGGCUCAAGUUAAAUUUAUGUAGUGCAAUGUCAUUGUCAUCAGUAAACAAAGUGACAAUUUUCUAUCUAAAGCCUGCAAUUUCUGUAGAAUGUAUGUAAACUGUAUGAUACAAUUAGAAUGCAAUAGCGUUCAUGUUGAUUGUAUAUGUGCUAAAUUGGUCAAAGGUGACACAGUAAUCAAAGAAAAGGUGGUUUUGUCUCGUUAAGAUUAUUGUCUUUGUUUUAUGUGCUAUGUUUGGAUCUAGCUAAUCACAAAGUGCUUUAAGCUACUGGAAUACUUUCAUGGGUGUUCCUUGAAUAGUGCCUGGAAGAAGAUUUUAAAGGAUUUCUACACAUCAGUGUGCAGAUUAAUGCUAGUAAUAUUUCUAAGAAAUGCUAAGAAAAUGUCCCAGGAAGAAAACUGAAGAACACUUUAAAGGCUGGAGGCAUUCUGUUUGAUAAAAUAUGCUGAAGUUCACACUGCACACCCAUAAUUAAACUUGAAAAAGCAUUUUAGACUUGUUUAAGGAUUGUGACCAAAAUCUGUUGAUUGUUCUAGUUUAGUUUUGACCAAAAAUGUGUAAUUUGACAGUUCCUAACCAUUCUUUUCAAUUUGACCCCAGCUUUUGCCCUUUUAUGCAUAUGUUUCUGAUAUAAAGAAUGAUGAGCUAUAACUGAGAUAUUUUGCACUCCCUGUGGCUCAAGGCAGAGAUCACAUGAUUGCUGCUUGUAACUUGCACUCUUCUGUGUGCCACAUAUAGUACUGCCAAAAACUGCAUUGCAACCUGCAACUGAGCUGGUAGGGAAGUAAGUGCUAUAUGUAAAAGAUAAAAAGGCACAAUCUGCUAGGAAGUUCUCUUUGCUUUGAGCCCUGUUGAGAUGAAUGGGAACUGUCUGAACAUGGUGUGGGCAGGGCUUAGGGCAGGAAAACCUCCCAAUGGAUUGUGCCUCAGUUCUUUUAAUGAAGCCUGCAUUAUGCUUUUUUUUUUUAGUAUAUGGGCUUUUGGUUUGUUUAAUAAUGCUGACUUCUGUGAUAUGGGUGGGAGGUAACAAAACAUAUAGUUCAUUUAUGUAUGGCAGUAAAAUAAAAUGUUUUACGACUUCCAAAGAUUUGAAAUAAAAUUCACUUGCAAAAAG